UAGCCCUUGAAAUUUCCAACUGCCCCCACACCACACCGGUCCAGACCACACCAACACUCUCUCUCUCUCUCUACCCAAACCACACCCAAGAAACUAGAGAGAGAGAGAGAGAGAGAUUCAAAGCAGGAUUGAUUGAGGUAGAUUCGAACUCUUUGAGUGGUGAUUUUUGGGGAACAGAGGAGAGAAACAGAGAGACAGAGAGAGAGAAGAUUAUAUGUCGUCUGGUGUUGUUGGUGCUGAUCUGUUGAUUGGAAGAUCAAAGCAGCUCUGGCUCUUUUCUCAAUCUCUGUUAAUCUCAACCCUCUUCUUCUGUUGCUGUGCUCAUUAGAGGCCAAACCAGAGUUCUCCAUAUUCUUCCAUGCGUUUAAGAUCAAGAAGGGCUUGUUCUGGCGUGGAGUGCUUUGGGAGUUUUCAUACAAAACACUUCUUCUAUUCAAUCUUGAGUACUAGGGUUUUGGGUUUAUCUCAGGACUGAGGAUUUUCAAAGAUUUUCAAAGAUUUCCCAACUUUUCUUGUUAUUGGCGUGUUGGGGGUUUAGGGUUUUCUAUUGAUUUAAUUUAUAUCUCAAAGAAGAGAUGCCAGGGCUUCAAAGGCAGUUUUUGAAUCAAAACAUGAUCAUUAAGAAAAUGAAAAAAGAGAAGACAGGCAAAGAUGAUUAUACGAAACCAAUGAUCAUUAAGAAAGUGAAGAAGGAGAAAACAGGCAACGAUGAUUGUAUGAAACCGGUUAGAAGAGUUCGAGUUGUUUACAAUGAUCCCUAUGCCACCGAUUCUGGGAGCGAUUACGAUGACAACUCAAUUUAUGAUAAUAACCAUGGAUUUACGAGAGUUAAGCGUGUUGUUAUGGAGAUUGUUCUUCCAAAGGUACCAAACGAGUCCUCUACAGAAAAUUCUCCAAUAGGGGCAGUUGCUAGUAAGGUUUGCGAAAAUCAGAAGAUGCAACGAUCGUCAUCGAUGUAUAAAGGAGUGAGGAGAAGGAAAUGGGGAAAAUAUGCUGCGGAGAUUCGAGACCCAAUUCAGGGGAAAAGGGUUUGGCUUGGUACUUACAACACUGCGGAAGAGGCUGCCAAUGCUUAUGAGAGAAAGAAACUUGAAUUUGAAAAGGUACUUGAGUCGUUGGAGAGUGCUAAGAACUUGAAUUUGAAUAUGGCUUUGAUUGUUGACAACCACCACUGUGCUUCGGAGGAGGAGACUAGUGGUUUGUUUUCUCUUUCAUCUCCAUCCUCUGUCCUUGAUGUCUCUCCGACAUCUAUUGUCAAUGGCCUUGACAAUUCUAUCAAAGAAGAAUGCAAUUCCAUAAAAAUUGUGGAAGAAGAGCAACCCACUUUGGCAAUCUUGGAUGAUCAAUUUGUGUCACCCCCAAUUUGUCUAGAACCUGAAUCAGGUUUUGAGAACAACUUGCAACCAAUUAGUGAUUUGGAACAACCACCCAUUUCGGAAUUGUUGGAAGAUCCAUCAAUUUCGCCCUCGGUGAGUAGAGAGCUCAGUUUGGGCUACGAGAACAAUUCAGUAUAUGGCACUAAUGAUAAGGGGCAGUUUUUCAACGGCCUAGAUGAUUUCGACAUGGACUUUCCAUUGUUCGAGUUUCAUAAUGAAGAGAGAAAUGAUCUUACCGACUUUGAUUUUAAGUUAGGCAAAGAAGAGCUUGCUUGGCUUGAUGAAGCCCUGAAUAUAGCCUGCCCAUAAAUUUUGCAGCUAGGAUCUGCUACAUUAAGAUUAGUUUUAACAUCUUGAAAAAUAAAAAAUAAGUUGUUGAGUGGCAACAAUUGUCAAUGUGAGUGAUUUUCUUGUUUUGGAGAGUAAAAUGAGAGAUUUUCUUGGGCUUUUCUCUGUGCUGUGCCUUUAGAGCCGUCCAAGAUAUUUUUGGCAUCUCUCUAAUAAAGAUGAGUAAUUGUUCAUAUUCACAAGUGAAGUUCUCUGUUCUGGUUGCAUUUGCUUUCUUCUAUUGCCAACUAUUACAUAUUUUUAGUUCA